UGCAGAUCUAACCAAAACCCGAAAUGGGAAGAUAAUGUAGGAAUACUAAAAUGAUGUCUUGUAUCCAACUCCCGUGAUUCGUAAAGAUGAUGGAAUAUAACUUGUUGGAAGAUAGGGACAGUACUGUAAGAGAAUUACAAAGUUAUCUCAAAGAAUGCCAGAAUGAAGUUACACAUAUCCUGGAGUAUGUAGGAUGGACACCAGAGCACUUUAUAAAGCAAGAUGAUAUUGUUUCCUGCUCAUUUGACAGCAGUCACAGAAUGCCCAGGAAAGAUCUGACAAAACAUGAAGAAAAAUGUGAACUAUUGUUUGUUGGAUACAGAAAAGAAGACUUGGCUGAUGUAAUUGGAUAUACACAAGACCCAACAAGUAGCAGUGUACACAUUGACAGAGAAACCAUGAACAGAGUAUUAAGAGACCACCAUGUACAGAAUCAUUCAAUAUUUUUUGCACAAGAUAAAGUACCUUUGACCCCAAAUGAGGUGACAGUUCAAUUGACGCCAGCUGAGAGAGCAGCUAUUCACAACUAUGUAGUGGAGAAAGCUAAGAAUGAGAGGAGACUGAACAGCCAUGAAUCAGAUCAGUUCUUAUCCACGGAUUUACAAGACAUGAUCAAGCAAAAAGAUGCAUUGGAUAGAAACAAGCCUAAAAGCUAUAUGGAAUACUUGGCACAACAAAGAGAUUAUAAACGUAGGAGACAGUCUUACAGGGCAAAGAAUGUACAUAUAACAAGGAAAUCUUACACUGAGAUUAUCAGGGAAGUGAUAGAAAAUCAGACAGAAUAUGUGGCCAUGUUGAGACAAGAAGAAGCUGAAGCAAAACCAAGUUCUAGUAGGCUAGGAGAAAAACAUGAUGAAUCAGAUGAACUAGAUGAUGACGAAAAAGAAGAUAUCAAAGAUAAGGACCAUAGAGGAAGAAGUAAAGUGAAAAAGAAGAAGAAACACAAGAAACACAAACAUAAACAUUCAAAUAAAUCUGCUUCCAGGUCAAGGAGUAGGUCAAGGUCUGAGAGUAGAUCAAGAUACAGGUCAAGGUCAAGGCAAUAGUCAUUUAUUGUAUCUCAUAUAGCUCACUUUUAAUACUUGAACAUAAAUGUCAUUGUCAUCAGUCUGUUUUUUGUUAGAAGGGUAACUUUAAAAUGAUGUUUGCUUUAUAGAAACUGCAAGAAAACAUGAUUUGACAUGGUUAUAGAUUGAAUUAAAUUUGAAUGUUUUUUUUAAUAAAUUUUCAAUAUCAUAAGUGACCCUUAUUUCUUUCUCAUACAACAUUUAUGCAAGUUAAAACAAAUUUGUGAAAGCAGCAUCAAGUAAUUUGUGUAAUUUGCCAAGGGAUGACCUAUCAGUGGCAAUCUUAUGGCAAAGGUUUUUGACCCAGCACCAGAAUUGGAAUCUUCAAUUAUAAAUUGAUAAGAGUUAUUCCCCUUCCUUGAAAAUAUUUCUAGUUUCUAGCAAUUGAAGGGCAGUAGUAUGAAAUACAUUAUCAUUAAAUACUUCAAUAUAAAAAAAAUCCAAAUUAAUAACUUAGUCUUGAUGGUGGUAUGACAAUAAAGAGACCUUUAAAUAAAAUAAGGAUAUUUUUUAAUCUGAAAUAUGUAAAUUUAACAGACGAACUACUGCAUCCUACUCUGGCUAUCUUAUCACAGGGAACCAGUAAAACUGCCGAAGAAUGGAAAUAAUACAAAUUUUUGUUUUGAUAAGUGCUUUAUACAUAUAUCUAUGUGUGUACAGAUUCAUAUGUAUGAUGAAAUGUCUGUUAAUAAUAUCUUUGCUAUAAAACUUUGUUAUUGGUUCUGGAAGUACUUUUUUGUUUUUGUAAUUUUCACAUUGUCAUUUAACACAUGUCAUUUGUUUUACAUCAUUGUACUCAAUUACAUUUUUUAUAAGAAUCGUUUCUAUGUUCGUUUGUCUGUUUUGCUAGUAAAUGUA